CACCGGGGCCUCCUUCUGUGCCCGCCUGGACGACGCCUCUCGGCCUCUUCCCUUCCAGGACCCACUUGGACCUAAGUGCGGUGCCCAGGGCGUGUCCAUGGAGUUGGGGCGCCAGGCAGGCACGACCACUCUGACCAGGCCCCCUCGGGGCAGCAAGGAAGGCCGGCAGGAUGUGGACGCCUGGGGGAGGACCUGCAGCCCCUUGGACGCCACCAGGCUCAGGUCCCCGCCCCCCAGCCCCUUCCUGUGCAGGCCGGGCAGCAGCCCCCUGGGGCAGGCCUCCGUCCCGCCCUCGAGGGCCAGUACCUGCCUCAACCCCGGCAUGGACCCGCAGCCUGGGGCCCUGAAGAAGGGGGACCACAGACCCUCUCCCACCCAGAGCCAGCCCGGCUCCCGCGAGGGGGCUCAGAUGUGCGGGGGGCUGGCCGAGGACCCCGGGAGCCCGCCCGCCAGCCACAGACCCAGCGUCAUUCCUGAAAACAUUCGCCAUAAGUUUGGGAGCAGCCUGGUGGACCAGAUGGUAUCCGAGAAGCAGGCCCAGAGGGCCCUCAGCGAUGCCCUGGAGGGGCAGAGGAGCGCCAACUCUCGGCUCGGCAGGGCCCGGGGCUCAGUGCCAGGCUCCCCCAGCUACGCCGACUACUACGACCUGGGCUACAACUCUCGCUCGAACUUGUUUCCAGGGGCCACGCAGGAGGCAAUGAGCCUCAUGAAGGCCUCCUACACCCCGGAGGUGAUUGAGAGAUCAGUGAGAGACAUCGAGCACUGGCACGGCAGGAAGACGGACGACCUGGGACGCUGGCACCAGAAGAACCUGAUGGACAUGAACUUGCAGAAAGCACUGGAGGAGAAGCAGAGCGACAAGGGCAGGAGCUUGAAGAGCUAGAGCCCGGGAGGGUCGCCCGG